AUGGUAGCAGGGGGUCUAUCACUUGGCGGCUUUUCGCCUUUCAGCGCCGGCCUGUUUUAUGGUCACAUAUCUCCACUUAGAAUUACAAAACCUAAGUUCGACAUACCAGGACUUUGCAGUUCCUCAAAUUUGUUCCCUCACAAGGAAGAAGACUCCACUAGAGAAGCUAUGGCAAUCAUUUCACCACCAGCCAAUAUUGACCAUUACGAAUCUAAAGACACUGCAAUCGACGAUGACGACGAUAAGGGCGCAUGGGAGAAUAUCAAUUGCGAUAGCCCUGGAAGAAAGGAUGGCAUACCCUUGUUCCAGCGAGUCGACUUCAAGGCCAAUCUGCUUCCAGGACGAUCGCUCCUCAGCUCAUUUUUGGAACGCAAACCACAAAACUUUCAAACUGCGACUAUCACCGACGAACAAAAAGCCACAUCUCACGGAAAGGACCCGAGAGGGCAUUCAGCAUCGCCAGACUCGGCAGUAUUUGGGAGAUCUGCGGCACAACCCUUCGCCAAUCCUAAUCGUACGCGAACCCCGAUUAUGAUUUCGCCCCAUGAAGUUAGAAAAAAUAUAAUUUCGACAGAACUCCCCGAGACUAUACGUCUUGGGAUUGUGCGGGAACGCUCUGAGGCGUUUUCAACUGCCAACGCCGUAAAUAGGAGAAAAUACCGUCAGUAUUCGGAUGUGUCGUGGAGUAUAAAGGAGUGUACUGGAGAUUACAAUACUAUGGUAAGGGUGGCGGGAGCGUCGUCGCAGUCGACAUAUGGGCCGCCGUGGAAUACCAACCACCUCACGCAGGUAUCUUUGGUUGUGAUUUUCAAAGUGGUCGUGAAGAACAGGGCAGUGUCUAUGAGACUUCCAGAUUACUACCUGAACGCCACCCAAAUAUUCCAGGCGGUCGACCUAAGGCUUUACAGGCGCAAGAAAUUACUAGCUCGUCUCCAGGAGAACUCGCACAUAAACAAGGAAACAGAUGGGGUCUGGGUUCCGUUCAGGGAUGGUGUCUUCCUCUGCAAGGAAGUAAAGCUUUUUGAGGAAGUUAGAAACUUGUUCAAACAUUCUGACCAGCCACUCCCACCAGACUGA